AUGAAGAUCUUUGGCAAAUCAGUGCAUCCAAGCCAAAUUAUACUUUUCGCCUCUGGGUUAUUGUUCUUGGCAUCAACAACUUAUGAUGUGCAUAGAUCAAUCAAGAACAAUCAAACACCGCCUUCUGAGGAGCAGCUCAAAGCUCUUGAAGACUACAUCAAAUCGGUUCGUCGUUCACCUUAA